GUUGUAAGUGGUGGAGAGAAAUUACUUUGUAGGUUGUGGUCCGGUUUGGGAUAUUACGUCCACUUUCACUCGUGAGGAUGCUAAAAAGUUAGGACGUUUGUUUGUUGUGGAAACGCGGAUUUUGUUUGCAAGCUCAGUUCCGCAGGACAACUUCAUGGGACGACGAAGACAUCUGCGAGGCCGUUCAAGGUGUGGCCUGUGGAGUAGUUCCACGUAGAGUGCUCCUCCCCCUCACCCCUCCCUUGCUGUUCUUCUGAGGAGAGCAAGUACUCUUUUUCUUUCUUUUUUUUUUUUUUCUUAAAUUUUCUACCUGGAAGCAACCCGCCCACUUUUGAAUUCAUGAUCACAUGACCGUGGAUAUGGACGCAGUCCUAUCCGACUUUGUCCGUUCCACUGGAGCUGAACCAGGAUUGGCCAGAGAUCUGCUAGAGGGCAAGAACUGGGAUUUCACCGCCGCGCUCAGUGACUUUGAGCAGCUUCGACAGGUGCAUGCUGGGAACCUGGCGUAUUCUUUCGCAGAGGAGAGAUCGUAUCUGCCUCCAGAGAAGGAGAUGGCGCGUAUGGGGCGGCCAAUACUACACCGACAGGACGAGGUCGUGCAAGCCACAGAGAAGCGUCUGUCCAGGGGCAUUUCCCACGCCAGUUCAACCAUCGUGUCCCUGGCCCGCUCUCAUGUCUCCAGCACUGGUGGGAGCAGCAGUGAGCCUCUUCUGGACACGCCUCUGUGCACUUUCCAACUACCAGACCUCACUAUGUACCAAGAUGACUUCCGCGGCUUCAUUGAGAGAGAUCUCAUCGAGCAGUCCAUGAUGGUGGCCUUGGAGCAUGCGGGUCGCCUGAACUGGUGGACAAAAGUUGUCUCCAACUGUCAGAAUCUGCUUCCUCUGGCGACAAGCGGGGAUGGAAACUGCCUGUUACACGCAGCCUCACUUGGCAUGUGGGGCUUUCAUGACCGGGACCUGAUGCUGCGUAAGUCCCUGUAUGCUCUGAUGGAUCAUGGGCUGGAGAGAGAGGCACUGAAGCGCAGGUGGAGGUGGCAGCAGACGCAGCAGAACAAAGAGUCUGGUCUGGUGUACACAGAGGACGAGUGGCAGAAAGAGUGGAAUGAACUGUUGAAAUUAGCGUCCAGUGAGCCGAGAAUACACUACAGCACCAACGGCACCAACGGGGUGGAGUCCUCGGAUGAACCAGUUUAUGAGAGUUUGGAGGAGUUUCACGUCUUUGUCCUGGCUCAUGUUCUCAGAAGGCCUGUCGUGGUGGUGGCUGACACCAUGCUGAGGGACUCUGGAGGAGAGGCCUUUGCCCCCAUCCCAUUCGGAGGCAUUUACCUGCCGCUGGAAGUGCCAGCUGCCAAGUGCCAUCGCUCUCCGCUCGUCCUGGCUUACGACCAGGCUCACUUCUCUGCUCUGGUCUCUAUGGAGCAGAAGGACGGCCCCAAAGAGCAAGCAGUUGUGAUCCCACUCACUGACUCGGAGCACAAAAUGCUGCCUCUGCACUUUGCCGUGGAUCCAGGGAAAGACUGGGAGUGGGGCAAGGAUGACUCAGACAACGUGAUGCUGGCGAGUGUUGCUCUGUCUUUGGAGGCCAAACUCCAGAUGCUACACAGCUACAUGACGCUCACCUGGCUGCCGCUGCCGUGUGAGCAGGCGCCGCUGGCACAGCCAGAGUCUCCCACAGCAUCAGCAGGAGAGGACACCCGAACGCCUCCUGACUCAGGAGAGUCAGACAAGGAGUCAGUCAGCAGCAGCUCCAAUGGCAACGGCGACACCACCACAGGAUCUUCAACAGUCUACGGAGGCGGGUCCUUGGCCAAGAACAGCUCUUCUUCCUCCUCUAGUUCCUCCAGCAGCGGUUCAGCGGGGACAGGAACACCAGGGAAGGACAAAACCAAGAAGGAGAAAGACAAGGACAAAGAAAAGAAGAGGGCAGACUCUGUGGCCAACAAGCUCGGGAGUUUUGGGAAGAGCCUGGGCAGCAAGCUGAAGAAGAACGUGGGUGGUCUCAUGACGGGAAAGAACACUGGAGCUGGAGGCGCCAAGCAGGAAGGUGGCGAGAAGAAAAAGGGCUCGUUUCGGGGGAGGAAGGGCAGCAAGGAGUGCUCGCCUUCAGCCCACGCCUCCGAGGAUUCUGGGAAAGGCUCCCCCUCGUCCGGCAGCGAGCGUCUGAAUGGAACGGGGAGCAGUAUGAGCAGCAGUGGUGGGAGCAGCAUGGAGAGUGAGACCUAUAAGUACAGUGCAGACGUCAAGGUCAGCCUGGGCAUCCUCCGAGCCGCCAUGCAGGGUGAGAGGAAGUUCAUCUUCGCCAGCCUUCUCACCACCAGCAACCGGCAGCCCUUCCAGGAGGAGAUGAUCCAGCGCUACCUGGCGGAUGCCGAGGAACGCUUUCGGGCUGAGCAGGAGCAACAGCGGCGUGAGGCGGAAAGGAAGAGCGUCACGAACGGCACCCUGCCUACGAAGAAGGAGGUGGUUUGCGGUACGGAGUCGAGUUACCGGUCUUAUGAGGACAAAGAGGAGCUGUCAGAGAACUCGUCUCCUUCCUUUAACCAACUCAAACCCUCGCCUUUGAGCCCCUCUAUGUACUCUGGGGUCAUACCCAUCCCCCGGCCCUCCUUCAUAGACCCAACUCCUCCUCCUCUUCCUCCUCCUGCUGCUGCUGUACCUCUCACCCAGCAUCUUCACAUGCACGGCUACAUGGAUAACCGGCGCCAGCUCGCCGGUGGCUCUCCUGUUACCGCCUACACCGGCCUCCCCUCCUACGCCACUCUUCCCCGACACUGCCCCACAACGCAGGGACUCUCACACCCGCAGUACCACAUCCCAAAUAUCUCACAAGGCCCCUCCUCCCUGAGUCCCUCUCGCCUCACGCCCUCGUAUCCCCCGGAGUUUGACCCGCCAGACUAUCCCGGGUCGGACCCCGCGGCCGCCACCGGGAGCUACACCAACGGCUUCCGGGAUCUGCGCUCCGGCCUGGACUCUCGGAGCGGGCAGCCGCCCGUCAGACACUACUCACUGGGCAGUGCCGGCGGUCUGGUCGGCCUGCAGUCCAGCCGCUGUCGGACACCCAGCUGCAACUACUACGGACACCCGGAGACGGGCAACUACUGCUCCUACUGCUACCGCGAAGAGCUGAAGAAGAGGGAGACGGAACCGACCAUCCACAGGUUCUGAGUGGACUCCAAAUCGUUGAGUGGCCUUUUCAGUAAAAGUAUAAAUGAAUAGACGACGGGCGGGGUGGAUCAGCCUCCUCUGCUGCCUCCUCGUUUCAGCUGCGUCACUUCCUGAAGUGACAGGAUGAGAAUAAGAAGGAAGGUGAUGAUUCUGGGUCACGUCGUAGACCGUAGUAGAAAACACUAACUGCACUUCUGUUACAUUUUGCUGUGGCUCUUAUGCAGGUGUUCUGUGUGUGUGUGUGUGUGUGUGUGUCAGCUGCAGGCUCUCCUCCUUUAUUUAAAGCCUUGCCAUUGUCUCCAUCUAGUGGAGAGAAUGUAUACAGCAGGCGCCAUAUUUAAUACUCCUCAGCUCACGUACGUACAGUGCAUGCACGCACCAUGAAAAGACUCCAGUCAGUGUCUCCUCUCUUGGUGAAUUAAAGGGACAGUUCAGUCUUUUUUUGUUACUGAGACGUUAUUAUCAGUCAUAGAAUAAAAAACCUCAACUGUCCCUUUAAUGGGAGCAAUAUCACGUCACAUGCUCUGAGUGUGAUGUCAUCGUUAUACACAUUUUACACUACUCACACACAGCAUAAUGCUAAUGAGUUAGCGUUCACCUGCGGGCCGCCGUGGUGCUGAUGUCACAAACAUGCUAACGUCUCUGCAGCGGCGUUCACGCACACACACAGUGGAUCAUGUGACCAGGCGUCGGAGAACAAAGACAGCGGAGGACAAAGUAAAGACACUGUCCCCCAGAGUCUGAUCCAGAGAUUUCAUUUGUUUUAAGGAAUGUUUUUUUAAUUUUAUUUUGAAAGGGUCUUCCUGUUGAAUGAUUGAAGCAGCCAUGCGUCACCACACACACGGCGUCGACACACUCUGUUCAGACCUGGUUUUAACGUCCGUCCUGGAUGAUCCGGUCUCCUUCUCUGGGAGUCAUGUGACCACGUGAUUGUCAUUUCAAAGUGAAUUUUGAUGCACAUCAGACCAGGAUUGCAUCAUGGGAAAAAAAACAAACCCUGGAUGGAAUCAGGGUGUAGUGAUGAUUUUACUGAAUUAAAAGAAACUUCAAAGAAAGAAAGCAGAGCUAGAUUGAUGUAACUUUUACAUCUCAUCAUCAUCAUCGUCAUCAUCGUACAUAUCUGAGGCAAAAUUAUGAACAAAACUAAAAUGAACAAACAAAUAAAAGCUCCGUGAAGGGUCUCACAGGCUUCUCUGUGUUUCUGAUUCACAAAUCAUAACAUGUCAAUACAUUUCAUGACAAAAUAAAAGUCCAGAAAGUAUAAACUCUGAUGUGUUACAGCAGCGACUCGCUCAGCUCAGCAGUCGUGGACUGGUCAGAAACAAACGACGUUGAAACCAGGUCUGAACGGGUCACAUUCUGCACGACAGAGCUCAGUGCAUGUUUGGAUUUCAUUGUCUCCGUCGUUGGCAGGACGUGAUGUGACGUAUCGUCCUCUCAUGGACGACACUAACGCUGACACUGCACUGACAGAAUGUUAGGAAACGAUGAAGAAAAAGCGAUUUUGUUGUCACACUGACGGUCGGCGUCGUCUUUGUUGUGUUUCUCUCGUGAAGCUUCAGUCUUCUGUCUCUGAAACACUUUGAUUUUCUUACAUGUUGAAAUGUCGGCGAUGAAUCAACGUUAUCUGGACAAACAGCCAGCGUCUGUCGCCCCGAGCAGUCCUGUGUAUAACACCAUGUUUUCUUACAUGUGGUUCAUGCCUCGUCCACACGGAGUUGAGCGUUUGUAUUUUUGAAAUGUCUCCAUCGACGCGAGCAAGCACGGAAACACGUGACACAGAUGAGUUAAGAACAUACAUUGUGUGUGUGGACGUGUGCAGAAACAUCUGUAAAAACAUCUGUUGCACACAAAGUGACCAAAAAAUCUCUUCACCUGUGAAUGAGUGAAAACUCAAUGAUACUCAGCGACACGUGGACGAGGCAUCAGACAGGAAAUGGUCACUCUUAGAGGAUUGGAUUCUGAUUCCUUGGGUCGCGAUGAGUUUUUUCUAAAUUGACUGGGUGCACAGAGCUGCUCAUGUGAGGGUCCACCCUGCUCAGAUUAAGAUUAAGAUUAAGUGGCUUUAAAAACUGUCCAAGAAAGGAAGGAAUAGUCCACUGAUGUGUAUGUAGCUUUGAUAUCAGUAGAAUAAGGGAAGUAUUUUUGAAAAAUUUGAGUUCUUCUCAACCUCAGUUUCCCCUGAGUUGAGAAAUAUCUUCCUUCUUUUCUAUGUCACAUGCUCACCGGUGACACUUGCUCCUGUUAGCGACACUGUUUACAUUCUGAGAAUGAGGUCCCGCCCCCUACGAGAGGCUCUAAACAGUGCAGAAUUAGCGUUGCAGUUUCAAGCCUCGGACCAAGUGUCGCCGGUGAGCACGUAACAAAGAAAAGAAGGAAGAUAUUUCUCCACUCGGGGGGAAAAACUGAGGUUAGGAAGCACAAUGUCUCCUUAUUCUAGUAAAACAAAGCUAAAUGCUAAUCGGUGAAGGGUUCCUUUAGGCCAAACUUUAUUUUGGAAAUUGAUUUAGAAUCACAAUUUGACGUCCUUUUCUAGACUAUACCAGUGUCUCCCAGACAUGAAGAGAAUUUCAACGAGUAACUUUGGAAAAAAAGGUUUUUCAAAAACAAGUCACAGACUGAAGCUUUGAUUUUUAUUGUCCUGCUUAAAACGUUAAAAAAACUCCUCACUCCUUUUUGCACAAAUUCAAGCACUUUGCGGACGUCCGUGGAUACAACAUGCUGUUUUUGGAAGUGACCCGACUGUCGGUCAUCUCUGCCGAGUUCAGUUACUGUAGAAGAAGCAGCGUCGCCGUCUAUCUCAAUCUCCUAGUUGCCUUUUUAAAAACGUCUGUCCUCGUGCGCGGCGUCGCUCGCGUGCCGCUCAAACUUCACGUCUUUGCCUGCAGUUUUUACUGCAGUGAACCCAAAUCUGUCAAAAAUGAUUUCACUUCAGUGUUUAACGUGUUAGAAUUUUGAAAUGUGGAAAUGACUACUUAAAGGUACAGUGUGUAAACUUUUGCUGCUGAAUAUGCCUCACCUUUCCCUUCCUACGUAGCCUUCAGUUAGCAUCCAAACAUGCUACUGUAACGACAACGACGACUCCUGAUAUAAAUAGAAUGAAAAACAACACGAUCAGGUGAUGAAGUCCAAUUCUUUAAUCUUCUGUUUCUGCCAAAAGAAAAAAGAUUUCUUGUAAAUUUUACACACUGCACCUUUAAAUUCUUUGAUUUGUGAGGAAAUUGUUUUGUGUUUGUAUGAAAGUUGUCGCCCGACUCGAUUUUUCUUCUUUAUAUUAGAAAAGCACAAUGUAGUAUGCAAUUCACUGCCUUGCCCAGUAGAGGGCGUCCUUGUUUAGAUUUGUUUUUUUCUUCUCUAGUUGAAGUUUUUGCCCUAAAAACAACCAAAAAUGACCAAAGUGUCGGGUGGAAAACAGCAAGAAAACACGAUGUAACAGUAUUUUCUUACAGAUGGAUGAAGGUUUUUUUUUUGCUGUGCAUUUAAAGAAACACUAAUGCUCUAAUAACAAUAACAAUAAAAUCACUUCGGUGACACUUUUUUCCCCCCGAGAAAACAUUUGCUGUGUUUUUGCGUGUUGAUGUGUUUUUAAUGCACUUCCUGUCCUGAUGUCCUUGCUGUUCGUGUGUGUGUGUGUGUGUGUGUGUGUGUGUGUGUGUGCAUAUACUGUUUUCCCCUGAAUCAGCUCAUGAAACCAUUUCUUCUUCUUCUUAUUAUUAUUAUUAUUAUUUUUGGACAUAUAACUUGACCAGGCCACACCUGUAUAUUUUUUUUAUUUGUAUUUAAAGAUGAAAACAAAGGUGAGAGGUUGUACAAAAAUGUGUUGCGUGUUAUUUUUGUAAACCCAAAGUUUUUUCCAGUGUUUUUAAAAAGGAGAAGAAUGUAUAAUAUAGUUGGAAAGGAGAGCGACGACGACGACGACGACGACGAUGAUGAUGAUGAGGAGCCUCCAGAUUCUCCAGGCUCUCACUGCAAACUCAUUUUCUUUAAUGCUGACCUAACAAGAUACCAUUUGAGAAUAUAUAUAUAUAUAUAUAUAUACAGUAUAUAUAUAUUUCUAGUGAGAUAUUUUUUUUUAAAUAGUUUCCUUGUGAAAUAAUAAGUUGCCGCGAUGUAUGAUGUUCUUUCUCACAUGGCUCGUUGUUAAUUGUUUUUUGAUUUGAACCAUUUUUGUUGGUUUUUUUUUAAAUCAACAUAAAUCCAUGGAGAUGAUCAGGGCCACGGAAGAGACAGAAUCUCCGAAUUUUGACUUUUCUCUCAAAUUUCUUUGACAAAAUUCUGAGAUUAAGAGUGAGAAUUCUGAGGGGUGUUUUUUUUGUUGUUGUUUUUUUUUAAACAAUUCUGGGUCAGUAUUCAGACUUCUUUCUCAAAUAUAUAUUUAUUCUAAUUUCGUUUCCAAAAUAAUCCUAAUCCUAAUCCUCUCCCUGCUCAACUCAUGACAGUAACGUUCUCGUGGCCCCUGCUGGUUUCCUGUGAACCAGGGUCAGGUGGUUUCUGUGGGAACACUGAACACCUCGUCGAUGAUCUUAAACAUGGAAUCCUUCCAUUUGCAUGGGACUGGAACUGUUGCAUGUAAAUGGCAAUAACACUUGACUCAAUCUGUGCAUUAUUUUGAUCUUGAAUUCAGUCGUCCUGAUAUUUUAUUUUAUUUCAUUUUGACUUUGAACUAUAGUUUUGUCUUUGACUCCUGAGGCUGUGUGACAGUGCAAUCUGGACAGAAAGAACAUCAGAGUUCAUGUUAGGUUAUUAUUAUAUAUUGUUGUUAUUAUUAUUAUUUUUAUUAUUAUUAUUAUUAAAUAAUAAUAAUAAUAAUAAUAUUUUUUGCACCGUUUGAAUAAAUUCUCAUUGUAUUUCAAGAAUA